AUGCAAGGAGCGAAUUUCUGUUUUUGCAGCCAUGUUGAAGUUGACACACUACAUGAUGGUGAAGCCAAGGACUUUGGUGGAAACACAACAAGGAGUGAACCUCUACAAUCAGUCAUGAAUGAUUCCGAUUUCGAACUUUCAUUUGUUUUUUUGCGCGAGCAAAUUGAUUGCCUGCUUCCCCCCGGAAGAUCCUCGUCCAACCAAAAGUAGUGCAACCGUUUUUUAGCAACGAACUGUGCGUCGUCUCCAGCUGCUGAGCUUGUGGUGAGGUGUUGAAGCUGUGUUUACUCAAAACCAGCUACACCCACAAGAAGUGACGAGAAAAUGAUCUUCGAGGCAGCGACAAAAACUAUUACUCAGUCAUCGAUCUCCUUCCUUGGCACGACUCAUACAUCACAACUACGUGAGCA